AUGGAAGAAGAAAAUUAUAUUCAAUCUAAGGAAACUGCUGAAAAUUUGAAAAAUGAGGCUAAUAAGGAAUAUUCUAAGGGACAUUAUAAUUUAGCUAUUGAGAAGUAUACACAAGGUAUAUAUUCAUGCCCAAAAGAAGAAAAUCGUCUGUUAAGUAUAUUACAUUCAAAUAGGGCAGCAUGUCACAUUAAUUUGGAUAACCUUGAUGCUGGCUUAAUUGACUCUAACGAUGCUAUACAAUUUGAUAAUGAAUAUCCAAAAGGAUACUUAAGAAGAUUUACAAUUCUAGAAAAGAAGGAAAAGUGGCAUGAUGCAUUAAAAGAUAUUAACAAGGUAUUUGAACUCGAUGAGAAUUUGAAAAUUGAUCAAAAAUUAGUAGCAAGACAAAAGAGAGUUGAGAAACUGUCUUCAGAACUAUUUGAGAAGGAGAAGGGCGAGAUGCUAGGUAAACUCAAAGACUUCGGUAAUAUGGUACUUGGUAAAGUUGGGCUAUCACUAGAUAAUUUUCAAGUAGAGAAAAAUCCAGAUUCAGGGUCAUAUAAUAUACAAUUUAAGCAAAAUUAA